GGGCUUUGUUAUCUCAGUUGAGCUUUGCAGUAGAGCUUAGCUUCGAGAACGGACGGACGCAACGUAAUGUCUAUGCAUUUGUCCCUUUGUUUCUUUAUCAGUUGAUUUCUUGGAUGUAACAGUAAAGCCAGCCCAAAACCUGGACUUACAACUAAAUCGAAAAUCAUUGCAGAUUCGAUUGCCACGGAAAACUUGACAUCUCAAUUGUAAGAAAUCAUGCCUGAGCGAUUCUGUGGAAGCUUUUCUUCGGACGAUGGCAGUUUUCCACCAUCCCCGACAGCUGACGGUGCCUCGAAGCGUCUGUCCUGGGGUAAACUUGUGCAAAAGCUCACGGAGUUCAGUGGAGCGGCCAGCACUAGCCAUAUCUCGGACCCCGAUUCAGACAACAGCAGUGGAGAUUUAUCAGACUCAGGGCCCUAUUUCAUACCUGAAGAGUCUUCCGACUCCGACUGGUUCCAUGACCCAUUGGAGGAGACCCUACGAAAAGAAGUCGUGGCCUUAAUAGCUGGACGUCUGAUUGAAGCCAAAGACGACACUCUGCGGUGCAGCAAGCUACUCAUUCCCAAGAAACUUCUUGAACAUAUCGGCCAGGAGCUCAUUCACCUGGCUGCCACUGAGCCGUGUGGCCUGCGGGGGGCGCUUGUCGAACUAUGUGUGGAGCAAGGAGAUGUUUGUCUGAGCAUGGGUCAGAUACCUGUGGACCCAUACGUCGUCCCAACGUUCCAGCUGACACUAGUGUUGAGAUUGGACUCUGGGGGUCUGUGGCCUAAGAUUCAAGGGCUGUUUAGCAACAAGUCCCAAGCUGCAGCCACUGUUAGGCACGCACUCAGACUGAGCACUGGUUUCAGGGUCAUCAAGAGAAAAUUCUACAGUUCAGAGGAGUUGUUGAUAGAAGAGUGCUGAACAGGACCUAGCCUAAUAGCACUUUUUAAACUAGAAUUUAAAAAUUGUUAUAAUAUAUUGACUUCAAGCACUGCUCAACAACAGAUGGCUUGUCCUUUAUUUCUUUGUGAUGAAAGAAUGUCUUGACAUCAUGUAGAUGUCCCUGUAUGUCAUCUCUCGAGAUUUUCUCGGAACUUAAGACAAAUGUAACGUUAACGGCAGAUGUCUUCACUGUAAGCAUUUAUAUGCCUUUAGUGGUAUGGCUACUAUAAGAAAGACCACAGUAUAGGGUACAAAAAUAUGUAACGCUUAUCUGGAAAAAUAUGGGGUGUGAGGGGGGUUAGUGAAAUUUUGUUUAUUGCACUGUUAUCAAUCCAUUGUACGAGAUGAGAGAAGUCUUGGUGCUUUUUGUGUAAUGUUUGUUACUCUGAAAACGUUUACCUCAGUUUCUGUGGAAACCAGACCUAGGCAGCACGCCGUGGGUCAUGUAGCAUGUGGCCUGUUUUAAGAUUAUUACGAAGUUAUCCUUUUUUUUAUCUUACUUUUUUUUUUAUAUACAUGUUCAGUUAUCUCACUUCAGUACACCUCUGGUGUCUCAUUGCAUAUUUGCAUUUGUUCAAUGUUCACAUGUUUAGCAGUUUUCUCUACUCAUUUAAAAGCUUUUGACUGACUUGCAUAUUCACAUGCGUAAUUUAUUUGAUAUUCAAAUAUGGUCAUUGCACUGUUUUUGUACUUUCAUCAAGGAAACUACAGACAAUAAAUUAUUUUUACAAA